AUUUUUAGGCGAUUAUUUGGACCGUCCUCAUUCGGCUCCCACUAUAUAAACAAUACACCCUUGGAGCUUAGGGUUUUGUGUUUCGUCUCUCUUAUCUAUUCGUUACCGUCAAAGGAAACCCUAGAGGUUCUGAAGAUUUCGCAAUGGGGAGAAGACCUGCAAGGUGCUAUCGGCAAAUCAAGAACAAGCCAUAUCCUAAAUCACGGUACUGCCGUGGUGUCCCUGAUCCAAAGAUUAGGAUUUAUGAUGUGGGGAUGAAAAAGAAAGGAGUGGACGAGUUCCCUUUCUGUGUCCACUUGGUGAGUUGGGAGAAGGAGAAUGUCUCAAGUGAGGCUCUUGAGGCUGCUCGGAUUGCUUGUAACAAAUACAUGACAAAGUUUGCUGGGAAGGAUGCGUUCCAUUUGAGGGUUAGGGUGCACCCUUUCCAUGUUCUGAGGAUCAACAAGAUGCUUUCAUGUGCUGGAGCUGAUAGGCUCCAGACUGGUAUGAGGGGUGCUUUUGGGAAGCCACAAGGAACUUGCGCAAGAGUGAGCAUUGGUCAGGUCCUUCUAUCCGUCCGCUGCAAGGACAACAACAGCAUUCAUGCACAGGAGGCCCUCCGACGUGCCAAGUUCAAGUUCCCUGGUCGCCAAAAGAUUAUUGUUAGCAGGAAGUGGGGAUUUACCAAGUUCAGUCGUACUGAUUAUCUGAAAUGGAAGUCCGAGAACAGAAUUAUGCCGGAUGGUGUCAAUGCCAAGCUUCUUGGUUGCCAUGGACCUUUGGCACGACGCAAUCCUGGGAGAGCUUUUAUAUCAGCUGUUGUUUGAUAUAUUUUCCUUGAUUUAGUUUUACUGGGACAUCUAAAUCAAAGUCAUUCGGUUCAUUGUGGUUGUCACAAAGUUCGAAAUAUCAUGUAGUGGAUUUUUUGUUUUGGUUUGGUUUUACAAUACAAUUCUAAGUUGGUGUAACUUUUACUAUGAAUUAAUGCAUGAUCCCUGCAAAGGUUUCAUUCUGGAUUCAAA